AUGUAUCCUAUCCUCUUAUACCAGCGAGUUUGAUUUAUGGAUAUCGAAUCGCAGCGACUCCAAACGAAAGUCAUUACGAGAUUGUAAGUACGAACAAAUCACUGUCUUAACGUGCCAAGUACCAAGCUAGAUUUCUUAAGAACAUUACAGAUCAAUGGAGAAAAGAAUAUCUGUUAAGCAUCCGAGAAUCAUCAAGAGUACAGAACAACAGUUCUAACGUUCUAAAGGCAGGUGAUAUUGUCAUUCUCAAGAACGAAAAUACAUCUCGUAUCUAUUGGAAGUUAGCAAAAGGUAGAAAAUCUUCUUCGAAAUAAGGAUGAAGUUAUUCGCUCCGCCGAAGUCCGAGUUUUGAGCAAUGACAAUAAGAAGACCGUGGUAUUACGAAGGCCUAUUCAGCAUCUGAUUCCUCUAGAAGUUCAAGAUACGAGCGGAAUUCAAGGCACACGCUAAGUACAAGAUUCGAGCGAAGUUCAAGACACAAGCGAAUUACAAGAUUCAAGCGAAGUUCAAGAUACAAGCGAAGUUCAAGAUACGAUCGAAAUUCAAGAUACGAGCGAAGUACAGGAUGCGAGCGAAAUUCAAGACACAAGCAAAGUACAAGAUUCGAGCGAAGUUCAAGACACAAUCGAAGUACAAGAUUCGAGCGUAGUUAGUCAAGACACAGGCGAAGUUCAAGACACAGGCGAAGUUCAAGAUACGGGCGAAGUUCAAGAUACGAGCGAAGUUCAGAGACAAUAUAACACUCGACCAAGACGUAUAGCAGCUGUUAACGCAGAACUAAUUCGAAGGAAGUAUCGAUGGAGAUAA